CCAUUUGAAACGAUAUAUAUAUUCUUCUUUUAUAUAUAUAUAUAUAAAAGAAGAAAAAGAUGAGAUAUAAAAGUUUUUCGAAUAUGGUGCAAUAAUUACAAGUCUAACGAAUUAUGGCAUGGUCGAACGAGUACGGAUAAGAACGUCACGUUUCCACCGUCAGGAUUCAACGGAGAACGCUGCCUUCUUUCAUUAAUCUCGUAGCAAUCGAAAUUAGCAUAAUUGACGGAGCGGAGAAUAGCACCCUGUUCGACUCCAAAACGCCAUCUCGCAUAAUCUCACCAUAUAUCUCACUCAGUGUUUUCCGAUAAAGCACGCAUCCGCGAAAGGACGAUCGACCGAUCCUCAUUCCCAUGCCUGGACCAUACGGCUUCCGAGAUAUUUGUCAGUGACGAUGCUACCGUAAGAAUUAAAGAUAAGGCGAUUUAUUUUGUUCUUAUUAGAAACUAUCAUGUAUCCUAUUCGAAGAAAUAACAUGAAAUCUUAUUAGAUCGUUAAUAAUUAUCUCCGAUUAAUUGUUAGAAAAAUUGUUAUUAGUCGAGAAAAUUUUUUAACAUUAAUAUUAAAACAUAUUCAUUAAGAAGGGUUUCACAACUUCUUCCCUAUUUCGUUCCAUUUCUAUUUCUUCCUCUUCCUCUGCCUCUCUCUCUCUCUCUCUCUUUCUCUUUCCACUUCCGACGACACAUCUCCUUGAGCAAGACGUAUCGACGCAGAUUUUUUUCACAUCAGUCAUUUAUCAAAGUCCUUCGUAUUACGGCACCUCGCUGGCACUCAAUACAUUCGAAAGCUAGCCGCGGAUUUAAGUAACAAGACAAGAUGAAAGUAGAUGAAGGAGAGAAAAAAUGUGAAAAAAAGAAGAAGAGAAAGAAAAGAGAAAAAAUAAAAAAGUGGAAAGAAAAUGUUUAUUAAUCCUUCACUAUACACAUUCACCUCUAUUCUCAUAUACAUAUAUUAUUCUUUUUAAUCGAUAAUUAUCGAUUUUUUUCUAUGUAUUUUUUUAUCUCUCUCACUCAAAUCGAUAUCUCUUCACUUUCAUCCCUCCUUCCUAUAUCAUCCUUCCCUCAUGGUCAACACUUUCCAUGCAUUUAUUUUCUCCCUCUCUCUCUCUCUCUCUCUCUCUCUCUCGCUCGCUCUCUCUCUUUCUCUAUACAACGUUAGAAAAAGAUAGCUCUUUUAGAUUAGAAAUUAGACAAAUUGGUCUGUCUUUUUAAAUAUCAUUGAUACACUUAAAAAGUUGUAUGAUUUGUUUCACUGGUGAAAAAAAAAAAAGAUAAAAAACUAAAGAAAAGAAAAGAAAGGAAAAAAAAAGAAGGGAGAGUUACAUAACAAUUCAUCCCCCACUUGUUUAUAUACGUAUGUAUAUGUGAGAUAUGAAUGUUUGAUUAGGAAAACAUUCUCUAUAUAAUAUACCUGCGUGUAUGGAGUGUGCCGACGCAUAUUCAAAUACGCUGCUGCUGUCCGAAAGGCAAAUACAUGCGAACGAAAGAUAAGAACGCUUCAAGGGUUCGAAUUGCUUGAUAGGAUUUCACCUCUAUUAUCAUCGAUAUAAUGGAACGUGCUUUACGUGAACGCGUUCCUCCGUACACGCUUGCUUUCGCAUACAUCGAUAAAUCUAACGAAUAGAUCAAUCUAAUCGAUACGAGGAAAGAUUAGAAAACGUACUUUAGGUAAAUGCGUGACCCAUUUAAUAUAAAAUAUGGAGAUAUAUAUAUAUAUAUAUAUAUAUAUAUAUAAUGUCUAUAAUAAUAAUAGAAAUUUGUAAAUUUUCUAUUAAUUGGAACAAUAAUCAAAUCUGUUAAUUCCUGUUCAAGGCUGUUUUAUAUAUAACGAAUUCGUGAGCGUUCGGUAAAAAUCGGAUCAAACCGAGGAGGCCCACCAAAGUGGUCACGACCAGUUUCCCCCUUUCGUCUUAGGGCCUCAUAUUAUCUGGACCUCCUAACUAUACACCCGAUUCACUUCAUCGAAACGCUCGUGGUUGUUCCAUGGUGUUCACCACGGGACACCCUAAUCUAGGACAGUCCGAUCUAGCAACGAGUCGUGAAAUUUCAAGAUUGGCUAAGGUAAAGGAAUUUGACAACAAAUUUACGAUAACUAUCUGAGAUAUUAAAAAAGAGAGAGAAAGAGAGAAAGAAAGUAAAAGAACAAGUAGAGACAAAAAGAAAGAGAGACAGGCAGAGAGAGAGAGAGAGAGAGAGAGAGAGAGAGAGAGAGAGAGAGAGAAAGAUCAUAGUCUAAAACAUGAUAUCCCUUUGACUCGUUCAGAUAUCAAAUUAGGUUAAAAAAAUAGAAGGGCCAAUUUAAGAUGACCGACAAGAGGACAUCUCUCGACAUGGGGGUUGCUAUCGCUCGUCAAGAAAGGUCGAUGGAAGGUCAUAAAAGAUCGACCGAUCGUAGAUAAAAGACAAAAGCGACAGAGAAUCGUCGUGAUAUCUCAGAUGUUACGAGCCGAGACGUAUUUCGGGUCAACCCGGUGGAUCCUUCGAACCAAGAGUCGAGUUUUCAGGCUCGGUCAUUGAACUUCCGAGGUCUGCAUGGUCCCAUGGGCCUUCUUCCCCCUUUCUCCUCCCCCUUCCUCCCUCUUCAACUUCUCCUCUCGUCGAAAUAUAACCAAAGUGAGAGAAAAGAAUUCGGAUAUUGAGGUAGGUACGAAUAGGAGUAGGGGAAAGUGUGGUUUAAAGAAAAAAGAAGUAAGAGAGUAAGAAAAAAAUGAAAUGAAACGGGUAAGACGAGAAGAAGAGGAAAGGAAGAAAGAAGAGGAGAGAGAUAGAGCAAGAAAGUUGCUCUCUUGUGUAGGGGAGUCACCGAAUAUAAAUACGAAACUCGGGUCGAAAAGUCAGUAGUCAGGAGGUUCGCGGGCAUGGUAUUGAAGUAAUAUAUACAUUAGUUUCUUUAUAUACAUAUAUACAUAUAUAUGUAUAUAUAUAUAUAUGUACGUGCAUAAGUGCACAAAUCGUAAACGCGCUUCUAUACCUUCAUUAUUUUCUUCAUUUUUCAUUUGGGAAAAGUGCUCGGAGCAACGAGUUACAUGUAUUAAGAUGGAGAAAGUCGACGAGUAUUUAAAUGCAAGCAAAUUACAAUAUCACGAUACCUCCGAAAUCGUAGAGGAAUUUGACAAAGAGUUAAGGGAGAUGCAUGGACGAUGCAUCGACCUUGGUUGUGGCCCAGGACAGGUUACUGUAGAACUGAUCUUACCAAGAUUGCCACGGGAAUCCGUGAUAAUCGGAGUUGAUGUAUCAAACGCCAUGUUGGAACACGCAACGAAAAAUUAUCGCGAAAAUCCACGCCUAUCUUUUCUUCAUUUGGACAUCGAAACUUCAAAUUUGCCGCAGGAACAAAUAGCACGAUACGACAAUGCCGUCUCCUUUUACUGUCUUCAUUGGUGUCACAAUACGCGAUCUUUCGCUUACGUGCUUAGGCUGGCCUUCGAGAAUAUCUUCAAAUUACUUCGACCUGGUGGCAAGGCAUUGAUUAUGUUCCUCGCAUACAACGACGGUUUCGAUGCCUACGUCAGAAUACACGAGAAUCCACGUUAUCAACCGUACAUGCAGGAUGCUCAUAAAUUCGUCCCGUAUUUUCAUCGUAGCAACGAUUCGAGAGGCGCUCUUAGAUCCAUCCUCGAGGAUAUCGGAUUCAAUGUUCUGCAUUGCAGCAAACGAGAAAAGAGCUUCGUAUAUCAGAACAUUCAAAGUUUAAAAAAACACGCAUUAGCUGUAAAUCCCUUUAUAUCGAGAAUACCAGAGGGUGAUUUAAAGGAAGAAUUCGAAGACAUUCUGAUCCGAGAAAUUAUCAGCCGAAAAAUUCUAUUUCCAAAUAAGGCCGACAAAUGUCAACAAGAGUAUAGCGUAUUAGAUAGAUAUCACAUUUUGGUGACGUAUAUGGAGAAACCUUAUACUAACGUAACUACGAAAUAAAUAAGAAAAGUAUCUAAUAUCGUUCGAUAAGAGAAAAAAGAAAGAAAGAACGAUAAAAAAAGAAAAAAAAAAAAGGGAGAAGAAAAAGAAAAUAAGGAGGAAAACAAAAUAAGCAAAUGAAAACGAUGUUACAGAUAUCAACGCGUUAUAUCAUAACGCCUUUUAAUUAGAAACCAUUGAUAGAAAUUGAAAUGAUAAAAGGAAAAAAGACAAGAAGAAGAAAGAUAAAGAUUAAUGAAGAAAGACAGAAAGAAAGAAAGAGUAAAAAAAGAGAAAAAGAAAAAAAAGAACGAUUCAAUGUCCUACGACAAUAAAGUUUAUUGUAUACUGUGCCUUUAAUUUUACAAUACAAUACAGCCAUUUAUAGAAUAUCGUUAUAACUCUUGAAUCAUCAUGUGGUAUCGUGUGUGGUUUCUUAUCCACCAAAGCAGGUAACAACUUUUUCUCUAAAUUCCUUUCUUCUUUUUUUGUCUAGAAAAUACAUCCAGUUUGACGGCUUAUCUUAUGGUUUAUUAACAGCAAUUUUAUACAUAUAUAUAUAUGUAUAAUAUAUAUAUAUAUAUAUAUAUAUAUAUAUAUAUAUAUAUAUAUAUAUAUAUAAGUGCGUGUGUAUUGUGUGCGUAUAUAUUAUAUAUCGAUACGCAAUCUAUUAUCCAAAUUUUAACAUGCACAGGGAAAGGAAAAUAUCUUUUUAUUACAAUUUUGUAAACGAAUGUUCGUUCGUUUAAUUCUUCUUCCUUAAAGCAUGUUUCAAUCAGAAUAUAACAAUCGUUUUAAUUUACAGCGCAUCAUCUCAGAGUCUCUUUUUAUCUUUCCUUUUUUUCCCGACGUAUACACACGCACGUAUAUACAAUAUAUGUAUAUUGUAUAUUAUACGUUAAUUGCAAGUCGCAACAAUCAGAUAAUUUUCAUAAAACGAGAUUAAGGAGGAAGACUUAAAAGGAAUACUUAACGCGUUGGAAGCAUUACGAACGAGAUCGCGCAUGCGAAAGUAUUUUAUCAAUAUACACAGAUUUAUCUUUUUCUGUAACACAAUGAUAGAGAUAAAUUGUAAAUUAGAUAUACAUACAUUAUCAAUGAUGACUAUUGAUAUAUAUUCAUUUCUUAUCAAGAUGUUGUAUUCUGUUAAUUUGCGUGUCAGCUGCGAAAUAGGAAACAUCGAUUUUGCACAACACAAAUCUUUCAUAUAUUAUUUCGAUCUACGAUACUUAAUUAAUAUAAGUAAGUAAGUAAGUAAGUAAGUAAGUAAGUAAAUGUGUGAGUAAUAAUUCAUUAAUAAUGUUGCAGACGUGGAUACAUUGACUCGAUUAUUGACACGAUAAUUGUAAAAUCUUAUCGGUCAUUUCGAAAUUGUCUAUAUCUUUAUCACUUCAAAUUCACUUUUUUUUUAUAUCCAAUUAAUUUACAAUAGCGCAUUUGAGAUUAGAAUAAAAGAGUUUCGAUUGUUUUAGAAUCGUUCGUUCGAAAUAUAGGAGAGCUUUUCAGGAUUAAACGAGUAUUGCUCGUAAAGUGAUCCUAAACUGACGAUUCACCUUAUCCUAUAUGCCUUAAUUCUUAAUUACAUAUAUGCGAUAGGUAUAAUAGGUACGUACAUUUAUUAAUUACACUCUACGACGUUACAGUUAACGAAGCGAUAUAUACAUAUAUAUAAGUAUAUAUAAUAUAUAUAUAUAUAUAUAUAUGUAUAUCGAGUGCGUUACUUAACUCGUAUAUCCUUAAUCGUAGAAAGAACAUCGAACAUUGAAAACGUUUAAUUUCUUAAUUAUUUAAAUAUUAGUUUUUUUGUUUGUUUGUUUUUUUUUCGUUUUCUUUUUUUUUUAUGGGAAAAGAAAGAACAAAUGUUUGGGGGUAUCGAAUGAUGAAGGAUGAUCAAGGGCAAGGCACAAGUGAAUGAGAGGAGAAAUUAUUUUUAGAUGAAAACUAAUAAUCUCUUUGUUGUCUUAAUAAUCCUAGAGCCGAAUUGAUUUUCAUUUUAAUUCAUUUUGUCUAUCUCUUUAAAUAUCAUUGACUUUCGCUUGGACACCUACUGUGUAUAUACAUAUAUAUUUUAUACGACAGUAAUGGACAAAUGUUUCAAUUCGAUUGACGAUUUAAAAUUUUGUUGUUUCUAUUUCGUAAUUGUAACGCAAAAGAAAACGAUUCAAUGAUUAUUAGUAUAUACGAAAUAGUUCGUCGAUGUAUUUUAUUCGUCGGGUCACACUUGACUCAAUUUUUUUUCAACAUUGACCAACUGUCCCGAAAUAAAAUUAUAAAUAAUAUUGAUUGUACGCGAUAUAAAGGAAUUUUUUUUUUUUUUGUAUAGUUUAAAAAUGUGUAUAACAUUGCAUAUUUUAUUAUCGGUAAGAAGAAAAGCAAAAAAAAAAAGAAAAGAAAGAGAAGGGAGAAAAGGGAAAGAAAAAACAAUAUAGAGAUCAGUAUUAUAAUGUUUUUUCGAGCACGUAAAAGUUAACGAUUGGAAUGUGAGAAAAAAAAAAGAACUGAAAGAUCAUCAAUUGUGCGAGGGAAAUUUGUCUGUAAAAAAUCACAUGGAUAAUACAGAUUUGAUUUAAGGAAGGAGAAGGAUAUGAUCGGAGAAUAAUAAACAAAAAAAUAAAAAAAGAAGAACAAUGCAUGAACACAACAAAAAUCAUUAUUUACGACAUAAUCACAUAUACAAAAUUCGAAGAGAAAAAGAAAAGAAAAGAAAAAAAGAAAAAACUAAAAUGAAA